AUCGAGAGUGUGUGUGUGUGUGAGUGUGUGUGGGGUUUGGUGCAGUAAACGGUGUCACGGUGCCGUCGGUGCGCCGCCAUCGGUCCUAAGAUGGUGCAAUGCACUCUGAUCUGGGCCGGCAUCGGUGCCGUCAUGGCCGUAUCCGGCGCCUUGCUCGGUUGGGUCGUUUUUCCACGUGCCGUACACGAGAAAAUCAUUGAGAACACAGAGCUGCGCCAAGGAACGGAUCAAUACAAGCGGUGGGAGGCACUGCCGCAACCGUUAGACUUUAAGGUCUACAUCUUCAACGUCACCAACCCGUACGAGGUGAUGCAAGGCCGGCGGCCGAAAGUGGUGGAAGUGGGUCCGUACGUCUAUUUCCAGUACCGUCAAAAGGAUAACAUUCGGUUCAGCCGAGACCGUUCCAAGGUUUACUACAGUCAGCAGCAAAUGUACGUGUUCGACCCGGAAUCGUCCUACCCGCUGACGGAGAACGAUGAGCUGACGGUGUUGAACAUGCAUAUGAACAGCAUUUUACAAAUUAUCGAUAACCAAGCAAAGGAAACGAUCACCAAUUUUCGAUCGGACGUGAACAAUACACUCGAAAAGAUUCCCGUAGUUAGAGUCAUUAAACGGAUCAUCGAGCGCACCACGCCGAUCCAAUCGAUAUUGCAAAUCGCCGAGGACGAGACGUACGACAGCCUGCGGUUGAUCAACGCGGAGCUGAACCGCAUCUUUGGCCGGCCGGACACGAUGUUCCUGCGCACCACGCCCAAGCAGUUCCUGUUCGAGGGCGUCCCGUUUUGCGUGAAUGUGAUCGGCAUCGCGAAGGCAAUCUGCAAGGAGAUCGAGAAGCGCAACACCAAAACCAUCCGCACCAUGCCGGACGGAAGCCUGCGGUUCUCCUUCUUUAGCCAUAAAAAUAUGACCGACGAUGGUAUGUUCACAAUUAACACGGGCAUCAAGGAUCCGGCCCGGACGCAGAUGAUCGAGUUGUGGAACGGGCGGACGACGCUCGACGUGUGGAACAACCGGAGCAGCGGGCUGCCGUCGUCCUGUAACAAAAUCCUCGGCACGGACGGAUCGGGUUACCCGCCGUUCCGAACCGGCGUGGAGCGGAUGACCAUUUUCAGCACCGAUAUAUGCCGGACGGUGGACAUCAAGCUAACCGGUUCGUCGUCGUACGAAGGCAUCCCAGCGCUGCGGUACGAGAUCGACGGCAACUUUCUGCACGACAUUGGCCCGGAGUAUGGCAACGAGUGCUACUGCGUCAACAAGAUCCCGAAGUCGAUCGUCAAGAGCAACGGUUGCCUGUAUCGUGGGGCGCUGGAUCUGUCCAACUGUUUCGAUGCACCGGUCGUGCUGACACUUCCGCACAUGCUGGGUGUUGCCGAGGAGUACACGGCACUGAUCGAUGGCAUGGACCCGGACCCGGACCGUCAUCAGAUCUUCGUCGAUGUUGAGCCGUACACCGGUACACCCUUGAAUGGCGGCAAAAGGGUACAGUUCAACAUGUUCCUGCGCCGGAUCGAUGCCAUCAAGCUGACGGAUCGGCUGCAGCCGACGCUGUUUCCGGUCAUCUGGAUCGACGAAGGAAUCGCGCUGAACGAGGACAUGGUGAAGCUGAUCGACGACAGUCUGAUGAAGGUCCUGAGCCUGCUGGACAUCGUGCAGUGGGUGAUGAUCGGGGUGGGGCUGCUGCUGGCCGUCCUGAUGCCAAUCGUGUACUUCGUGAAGCGGUGCGGAGGUGAUGGCAGUCGGACGGUGAGCCCGGCCGUGACAGCGACCACGAGUGCGGCCAGCCUAUCGACGGCGGGUGUCACUGGCGAGCGGAACAAAUGACCUUCGCUAGCGAUGCUCAGUCUAGACUGAUGGUAGUGUAAUGGCCACCGGAAGCGGCCCCAUCCGAGCGACGCGUGUUAGCGUCGCGUUCAGGAAAUCAUUUAAC